AUGGCUACCUUUAUGAAGUUUCGUCUAGUCCCGGCGCGGGAAGAGAAAGUUGACGAGAAUGACGACUGGUACGGGCUGAGGGAUGCCAAGGAGAGGAGGAAAAGACAAAAUAGGAUCAAUCAAAGAGCAGCUCGCCGGCGGCAACGAGAGAAUCUCGCCCGGGAGCUCGAGUCAUCGGCUUCUACGGCAGUAUCAUCACCUCCAAAUGCAGCUUGCCGGUCCCGAGGACCCAAUGUUUGUUCUACACAGGUUCAUUUCCCGUUGUCCCCGGACCACAAACUUCUAUACGUCAUUUGUCUCAACGUCUCGCGGGCAAUCAUCACCAACUACUUCAUAAUGUCCACAAUUGCGCCAAAAACCGCAUCCCUUUGCAUCAGUCGCCGUACUUUCGCGAUUGAAGACUUUUCAGAAGCUCCUCGAAAUCUCGAUGGUACUCGUUCACUUCCACCAGCGUUUAUGCCGACGAAAAUGCAGCAGGAGGUCCCCCACCCCGGCUGGAUAGAUCUUCUUCCAUCCCCUCAGCUGCGGGACAACCUCAUUCUUGCAGUCAUAGAGUUCAACGUUGACGAAGACGAAAUUCUCGAAGAUUUGAUUGGAGAUAUAUUUGAAGCUAUGGGCUGUGGACUAGAAGAAGAUUCAAACGACGGUGCACCGAACGAUGCGAAAGCUCCUGCAAGACCACACGUAGUAACUCCAGAAAAAAAAGAGGCGUUGAAAACCUACACUCCUACAAGCACCCCCGAAGUUGGUAUUCUCUCAUGGUCUGAUCCGUGGGAGAUAUCGGGUUGGGAAGUUACAGAAAAGUUUGUGACUAGAUGGGCUUUCUUGCUUCAAGGAUGCCCAGAUGUGGUCGAGUCUGCAAACAAAUGGAGAGCUCUACGAGGAGAAGACCCUCUCGUCGUGGAAAUAUGA